AGGCCACAAGAGUCACAAACCUCGAUUGCCUCAAACUCUCGGAAGUUUAGCCAAGUUGCUGUGAUGUAGCUGGCCAGCUAGCUAGCUACAUACAUAACGUUAGCUAAAAGACGGUGCGACUAAGGGCAGGCCCACAUUUUAUGUUGGCAUAGCAGAUAAAGCAUCAUGACUGCUCCUCCUCAGCCUCGGAGGAAAGAACCAGGGAUACUGGUGGCUGGAUCUAGACAUCAGAUGGUGCUCUGAAGAAGCCAUGGGAAGCUGCUUGAGCUGUCCAGAGAAGGAGUCAAUCCCAGAUAAUCAUCAAACCAAAUUUAAGGUGAUAAACGUGGAUGACGAUGGGAACGAGCUGGGCUCGGGCGUGAUGGAGCUGACGGAGGCAGAGCUGGUCCUCCACACCCAUCGCCGUGACGAUGUUAGGUGGCCUUACAUGUGCCUGCGUCGCUAUGGCUACGACUCCAACCUCUUCUCCUUCGAGAGCGGCCACCGCUGCAAGACGGGACCAGGGAUCUUUGCCUUCAAGUGUGCGCGGGCAGAGGAGAUCUUCAAUAUACUGCAGGAGGUAAUGCACAGCCACAGCAUCAGUGUGGUGGAGGAGGCCGUGCUGGAGGCCAACCACCAGACUGCUCUGGGCUACUCUGUCCCCACCAUGCCCAAUGGUGUCACCCGGAUCCCUUCGGUYGGCGACACCCCCUCACACCCCUCCACGCGCCACCCGUCUGUGGCCAGCACCCYCCUGCCCUCGGUGGGAGAGGAGUCCUCACACCCCCUGCUAGUGGCUGAUGAUGCGAUCCACACCUAUGUGAACACCACAGGUCUGCUGGAUGACCAGCCUAGCCCUCUGACUGUUCCAGCCCCUCUGGACAGCCCCGACUCAGGCCAGUCCCAGUGUCCCCCUACACCUCCCCCUCCACGGGUAGCCAGACCAGAGCCUCUGCCCCCCAUGCCCCAGCUCCAGGAAGAGCCCCAGGUACUGCUGGAGCCCCUGGGGMUGCGCUUUGUGCUGGGACCCACCCCUGUACAGAAGAAGAUGGCCAAGGGGAAGCAGUCUACUGGGGGUGGAGAUGGAGAGGAGGCAGGGGAGGACCCAGAGUCCCCGGAUCUUGGAGAGGAGGAGACUAACAGCCAGACGGACACACACUGUGCCACAGAGGCCCCAGCCCUACUGGAGGGCCAGCCUCAGCCGCCCCACACACACUCCAACGGCACCUCUGUCGGGGUUACUGCCCCAGUAACAGCCCCCCGCCUCCACCGCACGCCCCCCGACACCCUGCAGAAUGUCAACAACUCAGCCCAGCGACGCACGGCCCUCUUGGACUAUGAGAACCUCCCGGCCCUGCCGCCCGUCUGGGAGACCCGCAAGCCCAGCAACGAGCAGGUGGAGAACAAUGGAGGCGGCCAGGGGGGGCUGAAGACGCCAUCCCUCAACGGCUACAACCACCACUCCUACUCCCACCCCCUGUCAGCCUACCCCCCUCAUUCGGCCAUGGAACCCUCCCACAACUACGUCAACACAGAGAAUGUGACGGCUCCUCUCAGCGCUCGCUGUGCCCCCGACAUGGUACGCCGCCACACCAUCUUCAACUUUGACUUCCGCCGGCCGUUGGGGCUGCUGUGUCAGGAGCCUCCCAAGACGCUCAACUACAUCGAGMUGGAGAUGGAAUCUACCACCACCUCUUCAUCCGCAGCUGCCAAGGGUGCCUCCUCGGACACCAGCAACCCCCACACCCCCACCUCGCCGCUGCCGCCUACCACCCCCACACGCCGUACCGAGCUCUAUGCCUUCAUAGACAUCGAGCGCACCGCCGCCAUGUCAAGCCUYCAGAAGGCUCGGCCGCGCGACGACGGAACAUCGAGGAAAACGCGGCACAAUAGUACGGAGCUGCCCACCAAAAGCACUGUCUGACUGAACAGAUCCUUCUGGCACCUUUUUCUACUAUGAACCCCUUUAGAAAAAACAUGUGAAGGCAGUCUACACAGGGGACUUUCUUAAUAAACACAAAGACAGAGAAACACAGGCCAUGGAGACAUUGGAAAUGUAUUCAAAGAGACUCCAGAAAUCGGUCUUAAAUGAGAUUUAAACAGACUUUCUGUUGUGUGUGGUUGGUUACCAAAGUAGGUACUUACUUGCGAUAUACCAAUUUAUUCCUAUGGUAAUAUAAUACCUCUUCUCCUUCACUCAUUCUACAGUGCAUUUGGGUUGUUUAUUAUGUUAAUAAGACUGGACUGCAUUCCUCCUCACCCAACCCCCCCCCCCCCGGUACAAAUCAGUAUUACUGAACAAAGCAUUCCAUUUAGCCUUUUUAUGAUUCACUACAUGCUGCUGUAAUUUCAGUAUCUGAGGAUUACAUGGUACACUACAUGUUUCUGACAAUGUACACUAGAUUUUGGCACAAUAAAUGUCUGUUCUGUUU